AUGGAAUACUUCACAAGAUCCCUAAUGCAUGCUGAGUCUAUAGGCUUAAUAAAAGGUAUUCAAGCAACUAAUAAAUCCAUAGCUAUUAGUCAUCUGCUUUUUGCGGAUGAUUGUAUGCUAUUCUUCCAUGCCUCUGAUAAAGGAAUUCAACAGAUAAAAGAGAUCCUUCACAAGUUCAGUCUGUUGUCAGGAGAAAUCAUCAACUUCAAUAAAUCAUCAGCAUUUAUUGCAGGAGCUAUAACCCCUGAACACAAACAAAGAAUCUUAAAUAGUCUGGGAGUUAAACAACUGAUAAAUGCAGACAAAUAUCUGGGUCUUUCCAUUCUUUUGGAGAAGUCUAAAACUAAAUCUUUUGCUUCAGUAAAAGACUCUUAUGAGCACAGACUUCAAGGAUGGUGUUCUAAAACAUUAAAUUUGGCGACAAGAACUACACUUAUACGAUCAGUAUUAGAUGCUAUGCCAGCUCAUUAUAUGAUUAAUUUCAGACUACCAAAGACUCUUAUUACUAAACUUGAAUUAAUUCAGAGGAAGUUUUGGUGGGGCCGUAAAAAAAUAGGGGUUAUAAUCCAAUUGCUUGGAAUUCACUCUGCUUACCGAAGGAAGAAGGAGGGUUAG